AUGAGCGCUCGUAUGUUCACGAAACUUUGUUUUCUUUUGCUUGUGGGACAAGCAGUGAUUCUCAGGUGUACAGCGGCAGAGGAUGAUGCUUCUGGUGAGAAAUCUCCACAUUUUUCAAAUACUGAGAAGAUGGCGAUAGAGGUCGUGCCCGUGAAGAGAACUAGUGAACAAGAAGACACCGUUCCUUCGGCUUCCAAUGACGAGAUGGGUUUAUCGGAUGACAAAUCCCGGUCGGGUGUAGGGGAGGAUCCAACGACGAUUGCAGGGCUCGAACAGCCUUGUGCCUCUUCAGUUUCGUCAAGAACUCACACAGAUUCUGACGGCAAUGAAACGCACACGAUGAAGGAAAAGAGGAACAGCGUUUCAACUGAGAAAGACCAACGUAGAAGAAGCUCUGGCAGAAGCUUUUUGGCUCCUAAAGACAUGUCUCUACGGUCGCCUGUGUACACAACUCUCCCCUUCCCAGCGUCUCUCGAAGUCAUGCAAUCUGUUCUGGCAAGUCUCUGGCAGCCAGUCCCAUUAUUCUACUUUCUCUUGCCCCUGGAUGGGGAGUUGCAGACAGAGAAGAAAGCAUCCACUGCAAGACAACGAAAGUCGGAUCACCUGACGAAUGAAGAGAUCCCUCCCUCUGGAGAUGGAAAAUUGGCAGGACAGCCGCAGAAGCAGACACAGGAAGAUGGCACGAAAGGGGCCAAUCUCUCUGUAGGCCAGGAGGCCGCUCCUGCCUCACAACAAUCACAACCAUCAGGGACAAUAUCCGCGACUUCGGAGGGGCACGAAAGCGAAAAUGAGGAAACACGGCGUUCACGCAGUUCAAACAGACGUGGCUCUGCCUCGUCGUCGUCAAGACACUCGUCGUAUCCUUAUUAUCGAGGUGACCGCUAUGAUCCCGUAAGAGAUUACCUUGCGGCUUCAUUAGCCUCCCAGUACUAUAGUGGAAACGCCUUCUUCCCCCUUCCAUACUACCAGUACGUACCACUUUCAAUGGCACCAUAUGAAGCUGCAGAUAUCAUGGCAUCUAUGUACUUCUAUGGCGACAGAGAGCAUGCCGGCGGAAGAGAUCUUCAGGACCAACGGGAUCAUGAAUAUUUCCCUUCCAUCCACACAGGAGACCACACCGGAAUUCAUCAACGACCGUCAAGGCAUGAGUACGAGCACCGUCAAUACGGCAGUCGAUAUAAUCAUGGAAUGGAUCGGUUCUUCUAUUGA